CCCCAAAACCAUCUUCAACCUUACUGUUUUCGAUUCGAUUUCACAAACCCUACUUCAUAUUUAAACCCCAACAAGUGUUUUCAAGAAAACUCCACAAGUUCAAGGUGCUUGCUUUCUUUGGGUAGUGUUUCGCUUUCAGUUUCAGUUAUAUUGUCCUUCACGGUUUUUCGAAAUCAAUCUUUCAACUGCCAUUUCAUCGUCUUUCACUUCACCUAAUGAUUUUAUACUUUUAACUUUUGAGUGUUCUUCUCGCCGCAUUAUGAUCUCCAUUGACAAAAUCAUUGCGUUUUUCUGUUGAUUGUGGGGGUAUGGAGUUUCUUGCUGAUUGAUGGGUCAAUUCUUUUCUUAAAGUGUUGUUUCAGAUUUGAUAAGUUCGAAGUUGGAAACUGUAAAGGAUUAGUCUUUUUUUGAGUGGAGAUGGAAGAUGCAGCAGGUCUUAUGGUGGCGACAGGAUCGCGGUUUAGUAGCCUUGAACUCAUUGGAAGAGGAUCUUUUGGAGAUGUCUAUAAAGGGUUUGACAAGGUUCUAAACAAAGAUGUUGCUAUUAAAGUUAUUGAUUUGGAAGAAUCAGAGGAUGAAAUCGAGGACAUUCAAAAGGAGAUAGCAGUUUUGCAACAGUGCCGAUCUCCGUAUAUAACAGAAUACUAUGGGUCCUACCUUCACGAAACUAAACUGUGGAUAAUAAUGGAGUACAUGGCUGGCGGCUCUGUUGCCGAUCUAAUCCAACCAAAUCAACCGUUGGAUGAAAUGUCUAUAGCCUGCAUUUUACGUGACUUGCUUCUUGCAAUCGAAUAUCUCCACAACGAAGGGAAGAUCCACAGAGACAUCAAAGCUGCAAACAUUUUGUUGACGGAGAAUGGUGAUGUUAAGGUUGCGGACUUUGGUGUGUCUGCACAACUAACCAGGACAAUUUCUAGAAGAAAGACAUUUGUAGGAACACCAUUUUGGAUGGCGCCAGAAGUAAUUCAGAAUUCAGAUGGAUACAAUGAGAAGGCAGAUAUUUGGUCUUUAGGAAUAACUACAAUAGAAAUGGCGAAGGGGGAACCUCCGCUAGCGGAUCGUCACCCAAUGAGAGUACUUUUCAUUAUACCCAGAGAAAGUCCACCUCAGUUAGACGAGCAUUUUUCUCGUCCAAUGAAAGAAUUUGUUUUGUUGUGUUUGAAGAAGUUGCCUGCCGAAAGGCCAAGUGCAAAGGAACUUCUGAAGCAUCGGUUUAUUAGGAAUGCUAAGAAGACUCCAAAACUCCUGGACAGAAUCAGAGAACGGCCAAAGUUCCAAAUAAAGGAAGAUGGGAAUUCACCAGAUGGAACAAACGUAUUGGGGGAAGGAUCUGAUACCGUGAAAACGGCGAGCGUUUCAAGAGUUGAAGAUACUGUUCAAGUCAGAAAUGCCGGCUGGGAUUUCAGCAUAGGGGGGUCUACAAGUACUGGGACAGUUAGAAGUGCUAUAAAACCACCUCAAGCUAGAGAGAGGAAAAUGGACGGGCUUUCAAAUCAAGCAACUCAAAAGAAAACGGUUGGAAUUUCUGGGGGUGCAUCAUAUCAUGCCUCUGAAGUUUCGAUUGGUAGAGAUGUUGGAGAGUCAUUUCAAGAGGAAAAACAAGAUUAUUACAAGGAUGAUGAAGUUACAUCUCUGGGUGGCACAGGAACUAUUGUCGUUCGAUCUCCGAGAGCACAAACAUCCUCACACUCCAGUGACCAGAGUACUAUGUUGAGCAGCAUGUUUACUUCUCCUGAGGAUGCUUCCAUCAAUGGCACUGUUGUGUACCAUGGACAACAUGACAAUUCAGAUUCUCCUCGAACUCCUAAGUCAAGGCUGGGAAGUCAAGAGAGAACUUCAAUUGCUUCCCCUGAAGACAGUGCAAUAAACCUUGCAGAGGCAAAGGCUGCAAUUCAAGGAGGAAUGAGGAAAGGAAAUGUCAGAGAUAGGUCUGGUUUGGGUAAGGCUAACAAAGAUGCCCAAGAAAGUAGAAGAGCAGAGAAAUCAACAAAUACUACUGAUUCUUCGAGAGAUAACCAUGACUACCAUGAUGCAAUAAAAUCAUUUUCGAAACCUCGGCAAGCAAGUGGUGAUGAAGAGGAGAGACUCCGAGUAUCUGCAACAUCAGCGUCUGCUCCGUUGUCUGUUCUGUUAAUGCCUUCUUUGAAAGAGGCAGUUUCUGACGAUUUAGACACUUCUGUUGUGCAUACGGUUAUAAACUCUUUGAUGGAUAUGGAGUACACAAAGCCUGGUUCUUGUGAAUUCCUUGUUACAAGGUUGCUUCACCGGCUAGCAAGUUCAAAGGAACCAUCUUUGAAAAAUCUGCAAGAUGUGGCGAUUCGUGGUUUUUCUAAGGGUAAAAAAGCAAGUGAACCGCCAGUGAAUGCGAAUCCAGAAGCUGAUAGCAAAAAGAAGCAACAGAACAAGGAGGCUCAGUCAAAUGCUAACUUAAGCCCACUCGCAAAGUUCUUGCUUUCUAGAUGGCACGGACAUACUUCUCGAGAUGCCAACACAGCUUAAGAGAGAUUGGAUUUUGUUGAUUGCGAUUUUAUGACUUUCGUGAUGCAUUUUAUGUUCUUUAUCUAUUAAUUUAUUCAAAUGUACAUAACAUGUAGAGAAAUCUGUAAAUUGUUCUCUCGUAGUUUAUCAAAUCUUUUUGGCUGAAGCUUAGUUUAUACUGCAUCACUGUAGUGGAAUGUUGUUGUACACUAAAAUGCCUUGCCUACAUCUCUUUUUGUUCGUGGGUUGUAAACUUUAUGCAUCUGCUGUAAAAGAUCAUACUGUAAUUUGUUUAAUUAUUGAUUUUGAUCGGUAUGUUGUAUGGUUGCGUUUAGGGGUGUAAACGAGCCGACUCGAGUAGUAGGUUUUUCGAGCUUCGAGUUUUAAAGUGCUUGAGAUCUA